UCAUCUCAUCAAACCUGACGCCUGUGUGACGUCAGCGCUUCAUCCGCCGCCAGUGACGUCACCCGCCGGGAUCAGCGAAGAUGGCGACGACCGGGACGCUUCCCCUGCGGCGCAUCAUCGUCUUCGCGGGCCUCGUCGUCCUCCUGCUCGGCCAGCCGGGCGGCUGCGGCGAGCAGGUGCCGCUGGUCUUGUGGACGCACCGAUGGCUCAACGGCCGUGCGUGGAAGCCACCUGACCCCCAGCCAGCAUCAUCCUUAUCUUCUGGGGGGAAACAAACAGCCCAAUAUCCUCCUGAAGCCACAUCAGGAGAAGGAAGGACCCCCGAAGCAAAGCAGCCCGCCCUUGCAGCGGGUCACAUUGUCGAGCAGCAGCAACUGGCCGCUUGCCUGGACAAAACUCUCAACUCUGGGCCCAGAAAUGUGCUGCUGUUUCUCCAGGACAAAAUGAGCGUGGAGGAUUUCACGCUGUAUGGAGGAGCUUUCGGAAAUAAGCAGGACAGCGUUUUCCCCAACCUGGAGAGCGCUCUGAGGUCGUCGUCAUCCUCCCUGGAGCUUCCGGCCGUGUCCUGGCCGGCCUCCAACGCGGUGAUUGGCCACCUGCGGGAGCGGCUGGAAACCUCCCCUCUAUACAUGGACCCCGACACGCUGAGUCAGCUCACGCUCAACGCCUCCUCGCCCGCCCUGCUCGUUUUCCGACUGCCCUACUACAUCGGGUCUGAUCUAAUGUCCGCCAAAGAAGUUCUAAGUGGCAACGAUGAGGUGGUGGGCCAGGUUGUGAGUGUCAUGAAGAGCCAGUCUGUUCCGUACACGGCCAUCUACACCGCCCUGCGACCUUCCAGGGGGGCGCCGUCGCUCUCCACGGAGGCCGCCCUGGCUGGCGGGCGCUCGCUGCUGCAGGCCCGAGGCGGCUACAGAGAUCGUGAGCGAGAGCGCGACAGGCAGCGCAAAAUGAAGGAGAAGGCUGGCGUCUACUCACCAGUGGAGUUCAAGGAAGGUGAGAGCAGCUGCAUCCUCCUGUGGGCCAAAGGCCUGUCAGUCAGCAUCCUGCGCAGCGGCCGCUGGGAGUCACAUGACCUCACCCCGUCCACCUUCGGCGAAGGCGUCAGUCCAAAGCUGCACGGUUCCAACUGUGGCAAAUCCAAAGCAAGACUGGCGCUUAAUUAUGAGAACAUUCUUGGACACCGCGACUUCAAACUGAUCUUUGCGCUGAGCCAGCGCCACUACACGGUGUCGGCCCGUCGCUGGUUUACGCUGGACGCCGUAGAGUUGGAGUACGACGGCACCAAGGCCACGUUUAACGGAAGCAGGAACAUUUACGCCCCCGCCGAGUACUCGUACCGCUGCGAGUCCGUCAGCAGCUUCCGGUGGCCGCAGCUCGUCCCGCGCUCGACCAAAGAUCCGGCCAAUCAGUGGAGGGUCACCUUUGAAGACUUCCAAAUUCAAGGCUUCAACGUGAGCGGCAGCAAGUUCUCGUACGCCUCGGACUGCGCUGGGUUCUUCUCGCCGGGGAUCUGGAUGGGCCUGAUGACCAGUGCCCUCAUGGUCCUGGUGCUCACCUACGGCCUGCACAUGAUCACGCAGCUCCGCACCAUGGACCGCUUCGACGACCCCAAAGGCCCGGCCAUCUCUGUGCCGCAGACGGAGUGAAGUCUUGCCAUCUUUUCCUCCUCCUGUCUUUCCGUGCACCCCCCACCCUGUGCCCCUGCUCCUGUCCUCCCACUCACUCUGCCCGCAUCCGUGUUUGGCUUGUGGUAUAGAAUAAGUGCUGGUGUUAUCCCUGUAUCCUAAAACUUCUUUUUGUGUUCAACUAAGUUGUUAUUGAGUGGCUCAAACUGAAGCUUGUUGUUGGAAUAAUUUAGUCCCACGUGGAAAAAUAGGAAAUCUAAUAUGAAAUGUUAUUUAUUGGUGAAGGUGUUUGUGUUUGUUGCUGUUGUGGUUUUUUUUUUUUUUGUUUUUUUGUUCAGAGAAGGGAAUAUUGUCUGAAGAAGGGAAGAAUGUUUCCGAUUUCACUUGGUUUGAUUUUGCUGGACAAGUGAAGUGAAGUGAAGGUGCUGUAAUGUCAUUAAAAACAUCUGUAUGGAAAACA